UGCACUGCUUCAAGCCAUCCACCGAUCGGUCUGCGCAGCGCCGCAUGAAGUCAAACACACCUCCUAUUCUGCAUUAAAUGAAUGGAAGUGAGGCGUUCUCAGGACAAGCACCCCACACUUUUUAGUUUACAUGUAGUUUUGUUUUUUAAAUGUUUGUGGUGACUUUAUCAGAGCAGGAGCAGAGAGGAUUGGCCAUGAAGUUGACAACGCUCCUGUCAAACUACAGACCCAUAUCGGACUCCUACAUAAUAGAGUUCUUUAGUGAGAGUUUGUGGGAUACUCUGCCUGUGAGCUGGCAGAAAGCCCUCGGUGAUCUUACACCCCCACAGAUCGCUGACCUACUGCUCGAUAGAGAUAUAAAAGACAGACGUUACCCAUCUGUUUGGCCUUUGUCCUUGCUGGCGCUGCAGACGGCAGCACAUGCCCUGUCAUUUCCACGUAAAGCACCAGCUGGACACCCUCAGGAUGCAGGUGCACAGAUGCCCGACGAGUUUAAGUCUAACCAGAGUCAAAGUUCUUUGUUAGGACAUAUUUUCCGCAAACACGUUAAACCCAAGAAGCAGCAUGAAAUCCGUCGACUUGGAAAGCUGGUUAAGGAGUCGUGUGACCAGGCUAACUGUAACUCUGUGGUUGAUGUUGGGUCCGGACAGGGCCAUUUGACGCGUUUUCUGUCUUUUGGACUUGGCCUUAAUGUCACUGGAAUUGAGGCUGAUCCUGACCUGGUUUCCAUGGCCACCAAAUUUGAUAGACAGCUCCUACUGACAUUGGACAAAGAGAGUCAACGGUCAGGUCUGCAUUCUGAACAUGGACCCACUCCUCGCCAUGUGGUGGGCUGGGUUGAUCCAAAAGCAUCAUGGGAUGUUUUUGUCAAGCAUCUUGAUGUGACGGCAAGUAAAAUAGACAGUGAUGGACCUAUCACUGGGCUGUAUGAAAAGAAACAGCUAUCAGUGCCACCAGAGAUGAAACUAGAACUAAAUUCCUACCAAGCCUAUGCAGAGGAGUUACGGACUACAUGUGCAGCUGACACAAACAUUUCCGAUAUUGUCUCCCAAAUAAACACUGUGGUUUCUCCAUCUGGGGUGAAAUCUAAAAACCAUACACACACUACAUCAGAACACAUGUGCAAGUUUUCCAGUGAAUCACCUAUUAACACUUUACCCUUUAUUGGAUCUGAAGUGACAAUCCCAGAUGUUGGUGUUGAUGCCAAAGGAUCGAGUAACUUUGUCCUUACGGGGCUUCAUGCCUGUGGAGACCUUAGCUCAACACUUCUUCGCCAUUUUGCCAACUGCCCUCAUGUUCAGGUUAUCACCUCUGUUGCUUGCUGCUAUAUGAAAAUCUCAACCCGGGAUAACCCAAACCCUCCAGGGGUGAUACAACCCCACUUCUCAUCCACCUCAAUGGAGUCUCAUUCAGAAUAUGGUUAUCCUAUGAGUGACUGGGUACGUGGAUUACCAGGGCACCAGCUGUCCUACAAGGCACGAGAGGGUGCUUGUCAUGCAAUAGAGGACUAUCUCCACAGGCUGAGAGAGGAGAGCGGGCUACUGCGGACACAUUGCUACAGAGCUGUCUUGGAAACCAUCAUCAGAGCGGCAAGACCUGAAUUACGCAGGCCAGGGGUUCAAACGGUUAAGGCGGCCCACAUGCUGUCAUUCUCUGAGUAUGCUCGCAUGGCACUGCCACGGGUGGGUUUACCUGCUGAUCUCCACUUUGACCCUGUCUGUGUGGAGGCAAUGCUAGCACAGCAGGGCAGGGUGGUGGUGUAUUUCAGCCUGGUUCUGCUGCUUGCACCUGUGGUGGAGACUCUUGUGUUACUGGACAGAAUGAUAUUUCUCCAGGAGAGAGGUUUUCAAAGUAAACUUAUUCCACUAUUUGAUGCUGCCUUUUCCCCAAGAAACCUGGUACUGAUGGCCAUAAAGCUGACCGCAGCACAGAGCUGAAAGGAGUGAUAUUUUUAUU